CCGUCGAGCAGUCGAGUACCGCGGUAGUAUGCGAUAUACCAUGUCCACGUCCAGUUAGGUACGUACCGCCCGGCUGUUCGGUACGCCGCUAUAUCAUUAUCGUUGUCAUUUAUCGACCGACCGAUCGCGCACAGCAACAAUAUAAUUGCACGCCUAAAAUCGUCGUUACAGCGCCGACUUGACUACUGUUCAGCAGCACCGUAUUGCCGUCGUUGUGUUCGCGCGCUCGAUCCGUUCGCGUUGAUUUUUCGUGCCGCGAGUUAAAGAUUUAUUGUUUUUUUUUUUUUCUCUGAGUUUCGCGCGAGCGCCCGCUGCGGUGGUAUGCGCCGACCCUGUCGCCACUGCAGGACGAAGUGAUGUUAUCGAUGAACAGACCUAUCAUCUAUCAGACGACAAACAUGGGAAUGCACAACAACACGUGCGGCGGCGGUGCAGUCAACGGCGGCGUCGGCGUCGGCGGCAGUGGCGACAUGAUGUCGUACGCUACGCACACGCCGGCUGUGGCCGACGAUUAUUACAGCGGUGCCAGCGGACUGGUGGCCGACUACGACUUGCCGCAGUGUCUGGGCGGCCGGCCGCCACUGGAACCCGCGUACGCGGCCGAGUGCGGCGUUUACUACGAGAAGAACGCGUCGGCGGCCGAUUACCGAUCGUAUUACGGCGGCGGCGGCGACGGCGCUUACGAUCAGCUGGCGGCCGACGUCGGGGGUGGCAGUUACCAUGCCCAUCACCAACAUCACCACCAUCACCACCAGCACCAACACCAACACGGCCAUCACAACCACCAACACCCGUUGCAGUCGGCCGAAGCGGCCGUCAUCAUCACGUCGUCGGACGGUCUGAGCUACACAAACUUGGACUGUAACGGUAUCGCGGCCGCCGUACACGGACAAGAGUACGGAGCGUACUCGGACGACGGCGGCGGCGGCGGCGGCGGCGGUGGUGGUUACAACGGUUACGGCGGCCAUCACCAUCGGGACGACAACGCUGUCCGCAACGAGUCGUAUUGUGGCGGCGGCGGCGGUGCGUCCGUGGACAACGCGUUCUUCAACAUGCACCUGAACCACAACAACGAACACUCGGCCGUUGGACGACAAGCGGUGCAGCAGCCUCGGCCGCCGUCCGCGCAACCUCCGCAGCCACCGGUUCAGUCGUCCGCUCAGACCACGGCCACCGUGGCCGCGGUCCCGCUGCAACUACAGCCCGCGCCGGCGUCUGGCGACGACCGGUGUCCGCGCGUCAUCAAGCAGGAGGCGUCCUCCGGCGGCCAGUGUUACGGCGGCCGAGACGGUACGUCGCCGUACAGUGACGACGCGUCUGCGUACCGCGCCACGCUGAUCGCCGGCCAACCGCAGCAACACGUCCAACAGCAACAUCACCACCACAUUCAUCACCAGCAGCAACAGCAACAACAGCAGCAGCAGCAUCACCAGCACCAUCACCAUCACCAACCACAGCAGCAGCAGCAGCAGCAGCAACAACACUGUGGCCGGCAAAACAGUGGUGGCCAGCAGAAGCACGGAGCCGUCGCUGCCGCCGUCGCCACUUCGUCGGCUGUCCAAACGGCCGUGCCCACUUACAAGUGGAUGCAAGUCAAACGAAACGUUCCUAAACCAGCCGUGAUGAAAACCGAAUACCAUCACCAUCACCAUCAACACCAAAUGCAAGCGGCCAACCCGGCGGCUGUGGCGUUCGGCGGCACUCAGUCUAUGAUGUCGGCGGCCGGUCACCACCAAGGUCUGCAGAUGUCGGCGGCGGACGCAGCCCGCGUCGGCGGCGGCGGCAGCGGCGGCGGAAACAGUGGCCAGCAACAACAGCAGCUGCAAAACAUGUUGAACCAGUCGCCGGUUUCCGUGACCCGUUCGCAGGCCAUCGCCGGUGGCUGUAGCGGCGGCAACAGCGCAGCCAUGAUGCUGAUGAACAACACCGGCCGGACAAACUUCACCAACAAGCAGCUCACCGAGCUGGAGAAGGAGUUUCACUUCAACCGGUACCUCACCAGGGCCCGGCGGAUCGAGAUCGCGUCCGCGCUGCAGCUCAACGAGACCCAGGUGAAGAUAUGGUUCCAGAACCGGCGGAUGAAGCAGAAGAAACGGCAGCGGGAGGGCUUGCUGCCGGUGGCCCAGCAGCAACAGCACCACCUACAGCAGCAGCAACAGCAGGAGACCAUGCACCUGAGCGGCACGAGCAGCACCAGCAACUCGCCCACCGCGUCCACCAACGUGUAAUGUCCGAAACACUGCACGCUCGAUCCGUGUGGCCGCUAUGAUCAUAAUAAUAUGACAUUAACGCGCGACCCAUCACCUCCUGCCCAUUACCCACUAACCCUUUGACGACGGCCCUUAAAGGCUACGCCGACGGCGUGUAUCCAACGCGCGUUUAAUCGUAACAUUUGCUCAUCGGAGGGUCAUGCGAGACGGCGACAGAUCAAACUGUGCUGUUGCGAUCCGAUUGUGAAACGUACGCGCGCGCGCACAGAUGAUCUACGUGGACGUCCACCGGCGGCCACGCGUUACCGCGACGCCGUAGAUUUCGCGGCACUGUAGUCCGUCGUACAAUAAUGAUAUACCGUCAACUUCCGGUACUAUACCGCAACGACUCUGGCGUAUGGUAAACGUGUUUUUAUCUGUUCGAUUUUCUAUCCUGUACAGUUAUUUCUCGUAGAUUCGGUCUGAUCGCGAUUUGAGACUGCCUAUAAUAUCAUAAUUUCUCGAAAUACGUUUAAACAAUAAAAAUAUGACGUAAUAUCAUAAUACAUACAAUACGGUGUAUGCUUUCGUACUAUCGAUAAAAAAUGGUGGUGUUUUGUGACUUGGGCGCCUGUCGGAUAAAAAUAAAAAUAUUUAAGAAGUAAAACACAACGUGGUAUAUUGUAUUGUCGAAAAAAUAAAAAAUUACGCGAAUAGGCGAGUAAACGUGGAUUAAAAUAAACAUAAAACUUCGGAAAACAUUAUUAAAAUAUUAAAAAUAACAUUUUAAAUUAAAUUUUUUUAUCGUGUUACUAUAAUAAGUGUUAUGUCGUUAUGUUUAGCUAUAGCCCAUAGGCAUAUCAGUUGAGCUACAAUUCGUGGCACUUCAUUAAAACACACGAAAGUGCUAGUAAAUUCGUUCACCGUAUAAUAUAUAUCAUAUCGAAUCAAUUAUGUAUAUCAUAUAUAUAAUUGCGGUAUUAUCAAUUUAUUUCAG